UGCAGUAAUAUUGUGUUUAUUGUUUAUGAAUAUAAAAGCACAAAUCGACUUCGUCAGUUCAAGAUGAUCAUACUAGUAUCUCUUUUUGUUUUAUUCAGUUUUGGAAUAGUUGACUGUUUCGUCAAGGUAGACAAUUACCAGGAUUCAGUUUACAUUAUAAAAGGAUAUCCUAGCAAUCAUAGAUUUUACCCAGCAUCAAAAAUAACUGUUUUUGAACCGAGAAACUACGAGUUUAUGUCAGAUGUAAUUGCGAGUAGCGUUGAUGGUGUUAACAAGAAAGGACAUUUAGUCAGGUUCUUCAAUCACAUGUAUGGUAGCAAACGUCUAGUUCCGAUUUUACAAUACUAUUUUACAAAUGAAGAGUACUACCAGAAUAUAUCAAAAACUAUUAUUGAAGAGAUGACUUACCGUCCUGUCUUCCACGAGAAGCUGUAAAUGUUUUAGAUGCUGACGUUUGACAUGAAUUUCAAGACUGUAACAUUAAAAUAUUAUGAUAGUGUUUAUUCAU